GAAGGAGCGUGCGGGGAUCGCGAUGGCCUGGAUGGUGCUGUUCAUUCUACCGCUGAUCACGCAGGCGGAAUCAGGGUGCCACGUGCAACUCUCCCAGGCUCAAGUGAACGCCAUCGCCGGCUCCUCCGCACUCGUCCAGGCCCGAGUCUUGACCCCCGACGGCUGCAAGGUCAUUGGAGCGUCGUGGUCCAAGAACAGCGGGCAGAACCCUGUGGCCAAGUACAACGCCUCGACCCAACGCUGGACGGCAAUCGAGGGCUCGGAUAAGUACCUGGGCCGCGUGGAGCUGAGCCCCGCCGUCGUCAUAGAGGCGAGCGGGAACAGCACCGUAUCACUCUAUCUGCAGGAGCUGAGGAUGGAGGACGACGGUUUUUACCUGGUCCAGGUGUCCUGGAGCCGUUACGACGAGAACUGGCUGGACAGUUCGAAUGUCUACCUGAGAGUCAGAAACCAGACCAUGUCCAAGCCCGAGGUCUCUCCCCAUAACCCCGUGGCGCACGUGGGAGGCUCCCUGUCUCUGCGCUGCGUCGUGCACCAGGGCUUUCCUCCCAUCUCCUACUCCUGGCUCAGGGGAGACGCGAGCUCGGAGGGGAACCUAACAGCGACCGGGGUCCACACGGAGUCGUGGACCCUGCACAACGCGCGGCACGGGGACGCGGUCGCCUGUGAGGUCUCCUACAACGUGGGCGGAGCAACGACGAUGGAGAGGAGCGGCAUGGUGACGGUGACGACAGUGGCGCGCGGUGGUCGGCAGGCAUCUGCUCAAUAUGAAGAUCGUCCUCCUGAGCAGGAGUACGAGGAUCUGCAUCACAGCGAGGUCAUCUACGACAACCUCGAGCCGUCGCGAGUCCAGGACCGAGCCUAG